AUGGUGUAUGUUGGAAGGCAGGUGUUGGUGGGGCUGCUGCUGCCGUUGUUGGUGAGUUCCUCUCACCACACAAGGCAUGCCCGACAUUCGCACCACCACGUAUCGCACACGCAAGCCGAUCACGAAGACCACCACCAGUCGAAGCUUCAGAACCUGCAGAAGGCAGUCAUAAAAGACGAAGUCAAAGAGACAGAGCUCCAACUUCAAGAAACCCGAGAUCGAGAAGCAAUACGCAUUACGGAGGAAGAAGUUGGACGAGUGGGGCGAGAUUGGGGUAUGCUUCGAUCGCUGCAGAAGCAUGGGCAACGCAAGCCAAGCGAAGAAGACCUGAAGGUGGGGGAAGCCAACCUCAGAGAGCUCAAGAGCCAGAUGAAGCAGCUUCAAAAGGGACUGAAUUAUGCGAAAGAGUACGUAAGCGAUUCCGAAGCCCAGCGAAAGAAGCUCAAAGCAGCGAUUGCGAAUUCGACACUGCCGGAGGAGCUCAAAGACGCCAAACACAAGUACGAGCAGCUGCAAAAGCACGUGACCAAGGCGACGAUGAAAGAAAAUGCCGCCUGGAAAGAUACCGUGAAGCGCGAGGUUGAGCUUGGAGAAGCCAAGGAGCAGUACAGCAAGAACUUGAAACGGCUGGCAGCGGAGGAGGCAGAGCUGCGCAGUGCUUCAGCCAAGCUCCGGCAGCUUAAGGCUGGUGAUGAGUCGACGACCAAGCAGCCAGCAGAGGGGGAGCCUGCUUCAGAGAGAAGCGGCUUGCCUUCGAGGCAUGCUGGAUGGUUCGCAGCUUCCGUGGCACUGUCGGUGCCGGGCUCGGCCAUGCACGACUUGCCUUCACCUUCACAGCUGAGCUCUGGCAUUUCGCAAACUCCAGAGGCCGAGAAGCCGGCUGAGAAGCCGGAGGAGAAGACGGAAGAGAAAACGGAAGCGAAGCCGGAGGAGCAGGCCAAGUCUGAGGCCGCGCCUGCCGAGAAACGAAAGGAGGGAGGAGCAGAGCCGGAUGCCAAGCGCCUGAAGCCGACACCCCCCGAUCCGGCGGUAGUUCGCAAGCAGGUAGAGUACUACCUCAGCGACGAGAACCUGAAGUACGACAAGUUCUUCCAUGACAAGAUUUCAGCUAAUGCGGACGGAUGGCUCGACAUGAGCUUCAUCCUGAGCUGCAACAAGAUGAAGUCUAUGCGUGCUGGCAAGGACGACGUGAUAGCUGCACUAAAGGAGUCCAAAAUUGAGCUCAAC